AUGGAUCCUACACAUGCACCAGACUUCCAACCACCUUCACAAAAUCCAGAAUUCGAACCAACUCUGCCUCCCACCAUGAUUCCUAAUAGGAGGCCUAUAAAUCCGCUUGUGCUAGCAGACUAUCCGAAUCCCUUGGACAAACCAAUCGAGCCUGCGGUCAGCAAACAUGGGAAUCCACAUUCUUCUCAUAGUAUGAGUUCCUCAUCUGUGGAUAAGAGUAACAAGAAGGAAUUCAAGCAUAAGAUUGCCAAACAACCGACAGAGUUAGAGCCUUUUAGUUCAAGCGAUGAAAACGAGAAUGACAGCCAUGCAAGUAGUAAGGAUUUACCGGAAAUAUUAGAUGCUGAGUCAUUUAUUGAUGCAAGUGUACCGGGAAUUGAACCUUCAUUUCCAUUUUUAAGUGAAAAGGGACCCAAGGUACAUUCGUACCAGAUAGCUGACUUGGAAGAAGUUCCACAUGGCAUUCAAAGGCAAUCAAAGAGCUUGGAAGAUUACUCAUUCCCAACUCAUAGGCUGAAAAACAAAAUGACCCAGGCCAAUAAAUUCCCUCUAGUAAUUGUUGCAUGUGGAUCUUUUUCACCAAUUACAUAUUUACAUUUGAGAAUGUUUGAAAUGGCACUAGAUGCUGUUCGUGAACAGACUCGAUUUGAGGUCAUUGGUGCUUAUUUUUCGCCUGUUAGUGACAAUUAUAGAAAACCGGGACUUGCUCCUGCACAUCACCGUGUAAGAAUGUGUGAAUUAGCGUGCGAGAGGACUUCCAGUUGGUUAAUGGUGGAUGCGUGGGAGAGUUUACAACCUAAAUAUACUAGAACUGCUCUUGUGCUGGAUCAUUUCAAUGAGGAAAUAAAUAUAAAACGGGGAGGUGUUUUGAGUAAAGACGGCAAGGAAAGACUUGGUGUCAAAGUUAUGCUGCUUGCAGGUGGUGAUCUUAUUGAAUCCAUGGGGGAACCGAACGUAUGGGCCGAACAAGAUCUGGAACAUAUUCUUGGGAAUUAUGGCUGCUUAAUAGUCGAAAGAACCGGCAGCGACGUUAGGUCCUUUCUAUUGAGUCACGACAUUAUGUACGAACAUCGAAAAAAUAUAUUAGUUAUUAAACAAUUGAUUUACAAUGAUAUCAGCUCCACAAAGGUUAGAUUGUUUUUGAGGAGAAAUAUGAGUGUUCAGUAUUUGUUACCCAAUAGUGUUAUAAGAUACAUCCAAGAACAUUCGUUAUAUGUUGAUGAAAAGGAACCUGUCAAACUGGUUUUGAACAAAUAG